CUUGUCGUGGUUCUUCUCCAGGACCUUGGCAGUCAGGAUUUGAAGAGAGAGAAGAUCAGCUUUGUGUGUCAGAUCGUUAGAGUUGGACGGAUGGAGCUGCGUGACAACAACACCAAGAAGCUGACCUCUGGGCUGAGGAGACCCUUUGGAGUAGCAGUAAUGGAUGUGACUGACAUCAUAACAGGCAAGAUGGAUGAUGAGGACAAGCAGCAUUUCAUCCCCUUCCAGCCGCUAGCAUUGGAUGACGCCGUGCUUCGCCACAGGCAGCUGAACAUCUCCCGUUUUUCUCCCAGGGUGGCGGGGGAGAGCGACUUUCUCCAGACCGUCAUCAACAAGGUCAUCGCCGCCAAGGAGGUCAACCACAAGGGACAAGGUCUGUGGGUGACUCUGAAGCUGCUUCCGGGUGAUAUCCAUCAGAUCAGGAAGGACUUCCCUCACCUGGUUGACCGUUCCACAGCCGUAGCCCGCAAGAUGGGCUUCCCAGAGAUCAUCAUGCCAGGUGACGUGCGUAACGAUAUCUACGUAACCCUGGUUCAGGGAGAGUUUGAUAAAGGAAGCAAGUCCACCCCCAAGAAUGUAGAGGUCACCAUGACAGUCUACGACGAGGACGGAAAGAAACUGGAG